AUGACGUUAGCCAGUAGACCUAUUGUACACAUUCUAGGACUAGGGUCCAUGGGGACCGUCCUAGCUGUUGAUUUAAUCAGAUUCACCAAUGCUCUGGUUGUCCCAUUAUUCAGAUCUCAAGAAAAACUUGAAACAUUCCAAAAGACAGCUCACUCCAAAAUUGGCCUAAGAAAGAUCUACCUAGAGGAGAAGCCUUUAAUUGAAUGUACAGUCGAGAAGGCUGAAUGUCCAGAAACUUUUGGUGGUGAACCCAUUGAAAAUUUAGUCAUAACUACAAAAACUUAUCAAACUAAGGAGGCAAUUACUCCUUACUUACCUUAUAUUACACCAAACACCAAUUUAAUCUUAAUUCAAAAUGGUCUGGGGGUGUUGGAAGUCUUGAAGGAGGAAAUUUUCCCAGAUGCUGCCAAAAGACCUAAUUUAUUCCAAGGUGUUAUAUCUCAUGGAGUUUAUCAAGAAUCAGGAUUUACCUACGUCCAUGCUGGUUGGGUUGGUAUGCAGAUUGCUAGAUUGCCGUGGAAUGAAAAUGAAUUGAUUCAAAAGUCAAGUUUAGUCGAAAAGGAUUCCUCUGAAAACGCCUUAGUUCAAUUGUUGAUGGGACAACGUUUCGCCAAGGAAUUUGGUAUGAAACAUACAACAUAUCAAGAAAUGUUAUUAGGUCAAUUAUUUAAAUUUUUGGUUAAUUGCUGCAUGAAUCCCGUGACAGCCAUUGUUGAUUGUGUUAAUGGUGAAAUGAAAGAUCAUUGUGGUCCAGUUUUCCAAUCAAUUAUAGCUGAGUGUUUGGAUAUUCUAAAGGUCGCAUACAAACCUCUAUUUGAAUAUAAGGUAAAAUACCAUGGUAUGUCCGAAUAUCCUAAAUUGGACGAUUCCAUUUUGACUACUGAGAACAUGACAAAAGAGGUCAUCCGUAUCGGUUGUGACCUCAAUGCCAGAAAUAGUACGUCAAUGAGACAGGAUACUUUAUAUCUGAGAGAAACUGAAGUGGCUUACAUUAAUGGGUACGUCGUAACAUUAGCCAAGAGGCUCAAUUUAAGUGCCAAUGUUAACAAGACCAUUGUGGAGCUCGUCCAAUUAAGACUCGGAUUAAACAGAACCAGAGCAACUCAAGGAGACUGGAGAAGUUGA